AUGGCGUCCUGGGCACGUGUUACACCACAGUCCUCACUUCCGUCAUCAUGCCGCGGCCUGCUCUGUGGCUGUGGCUUUAAGACCCUCUUCAAGGACGAGGACAUACUGAAAGCGACGAUACAUAGCACUAACGAUGCGAAUGAAAGCCUUAAAAAUGAAAUUACCAACUUCCAGAGGUGGAACACCGCGGCCGGGGAAGGAAAAAAGAUUUUCCAGGCUGCAACUGCGGCUAAAAAGGCUGUUGAGUCUCAGGUUAAAGAGGCGUUGCAGGCUGUUGUGAACAUGGACAAAUCCCUUAAGAGGGAUUUGAAGAGUGUGAAAGAUAAGAUUAAGGGAGGGAUAGGGAGUGUGAUUCGUACGUUGGGAGUUAAUGAUUUAGAUAAGAAUGUGAGACAGGAUUUGGGGGAGUUGAAGAGGAAGAUUGAGGGGCUUGCCACAGAUGGUGGCGAAAAACUUGCUCAAGUUGACAAGGCGAUUGGGACUCUUGGCGGGAAGUUUACUGGUCUAACAAAAGAUGAGGAAAGAAAGAGUCUUCAAAAGAUUCUUGAAGAGAUUCAUAGAAAGGUUGCGGCAAUUAAGGGGGCGCCGGGGAAAACCAAUGGCGAUGGUGGCAAAGGUCUAGACGGAAUUAACCAGAAGAUAGGGGGGCUUGCUAGGGCGUUUGUUCCGGGAAACGGGCAAAAUGGUUUCAAUGCCAGAGUAGAUGGGUGGCUGGAAGGUGUCAUAGGGAAUAAAAAGGAUAAGCCGGGGCUGCAAGCUGUGAACUCUUGGCUUGGGACGUAUAUUGGCAGGAUUGGAAGGAAUGGUGACGAUAUAAGAGAAACAGUUAAGAAACAGGUUAUGGCACAGCUUACAUCCCAAAUUGGUGCAGCUCAGGGGACGUUCAAUGGGCUAAAAAAUGAUAUUGAGAAAAACAAAAUCACAGAAAAUCUUGCCGCUAUCAAGCAGGCUUGCGAGGAAUUUGUCGACAAGCUUGAUAAAGAGCUUGCGAAUAAUAAAAUUGGCAAAUUUGCCACGACGAUAGCCGGGAAGAUCGAGGGUAAAACUACAUCCACCAACUCUGAUCUCACUACCGCCGUGAAAUCUGCCCUCGUUGCGCUCUGCGCUUCUGUCAAGCAAGUUGCCACAGAAGUCCAGUCAUUAGGCAUCGACAGGUUUGGCACGCUUUUGGACGAAGUACACAAAACAACUACGGAGCUUCACGGUCAGCUUGAACAGGCGACUCAAAAAGUCACAUCUUCCGGCACCACCGAACCAAAUAUCAGCCCCGCCCAAGCCGUGGACAGUAGGCUGAAUGAUGUGAGGGAAUUUAUGAGUGGAAGUGGUAAUAAUAAUAUUACCGUCAAAUUUAAUACAGAUGUAACAAGUCAGCUUAAGACUGCAGUUACUUCACUUCAUCAGGCAGUUGACACUUUCGACCAAGAAGCUCAGAAGCAGAUCAAGGAAGCUGCCAAGACGGCAUAUUUAUCGAAGGCCUUGAGUGAUUGGAUGACAUCGUUCAGCGGGCCGAAGUACAAAUCGUAA